AUGCGGCUGGAAGGGCGCCACGGCUUCGUGAAGACGCCGCGGCCGGAGGAUUCCGCCGGCGAGGCCACCGCCGAGCUCAAGCGCGAGUGCUUCUCCGUGUGCGGCGAGCUGAGGGACCAGCGGCGACGCGAGGAGGAGCUGCUGGCGGCCUUCGCCGUCGCGCGCGUGCUGGCGCGGCGCAAGCUGCCGCACGAGACGUUCAUGGAGUACAAGAAGGCGCUGCGCCGCGCCGGAGAGAGCUACGUGAUCCCGGAGCCGUACUACGUGGUGGCCUUCAUCAACGGCGUGGGUAGCGAGCAGCUGACGCACCUGCUGCAGGAGUCCAAGCCCGAAGACCUGGACGCCGCGGCCAAGGAGGCCAUCCUGCUGCAGCGCAGCGACGGCGCCCGUCCGUCCCUGCUGGCCGAGCAGAGGAAGAGACCUAGAGGAGCAGCGGCCGCAACGGCCCGGCGCGGGCACGAACAGCCCCGGAAACGCCCGCGCCGCGACUCCGGGAGCUGCUUCGUGUGCCAUCAGUUCGGCCACUUCGCGCGGGAGUGUCCAGACCGCUGGGACGAUCCAUAA